AUCUACUCCGCCUUCUAGGAGGCGUGGUAAUCCCAGGCCCUGCCUUCCUUUCCGGAAGUGACGUCACCCCCGCCGCUCUACCCGGAAGUGCCGCCGCAGCCCCGCCAUGUCGCGCGCCACCAAGCGGAAGCACGUGGUGAGGGAGCUGCUGGAGGAGCGCGUGCAGCCCGCGGAGGGACAGAGCGUGGUCAGGGUGUUGGGGACACCGGGGAACAACCUGCACGAGGUGGAGACGGCGGAGGGGACGCGGUUCCUGGCCAGCAUGCCACCGCGCUUCCGGCGGCACAUCUGGAUCAAGAGAGGUGAUUUCCUGCUGGUCGAUCCCAUCCUGGAGGGCUCCAAGGUCAAAGCUGAAAUUUCCCUGGUGCUGCUCCCGCCCCACGUGCGCUCCCUGCAGCGCCAGGGGCUCUGGCCCGAGGCCUUCGCGCCCCUGGAGAGGAAAACCCCUCAGGAGGGUGACGAGCAGGGGCUCUUUGUCAACACCAACCGGGGGGGGACCCCUGGGGACACCGGGGACAGCUCUGGGGACAGCGAGGAGGACACGGGGGACAGCGAUGGGGACAAUGAGGAGGACACGGAGGACAGCUCUGGGGACAAUGAGGAGGACACCAGGGACAGCGAGGAGGACACGGAGGACACCAAGGACAGUGUUGGGGACACUGGGGACAGCACGGAGCGCGGCAGCCGGGGACACACGGGGGACACAGAGGACAUUGGGGACAGGGGGGACACGGGGCAGUGUCCCCAAUAAAGGACGUUGGUGGCA